AUGCGUUAUGUGGUAUCGCGCGUCGGUAACAUUUCUUUAGGUGGGGUAAAGGGCAUGCAUGGAAUGAAUGGCACAGAGCACACAACCGAUGAAUUCACCUUCGGUUGUGUCCCAUUAACAACCCAACUAUCCGACCCGAUAGUCUCACCGGGAGAGGUGUCAGAUCACGUCCACGUGGUCGCUGGAGGCACGGCGUUUCAAAGGACAAUGGGCGUCGACAGCGCCCGAAACGCCAAAGAGACCUCUUGCGGCGUAACCAUCGAUAAGAGCAAUUACUGGGUCCCGCAGCUAUAUAACGAGCUACAGAAUGGCUCGUUCCAGCUCGUGGAGUAUCGGUCAACAGCUAUAUAUUAUCUCAAUAGAGCGUGCAAUUAUAGCGUUGGUGCGACAAGUUGCGAUGCAUCGAAGUAUCCAGUCGCACCGCCGGAGGGGCUGAGGAUGGUGGCUGGAGAUCCAGACCUUCGAUCAUACAAUGACUCGGAUCUGACCCAACGAGCCAUAUCGCAUAUGUGCAUAGAGUAUGACGGGAGCUCCAACGAGACGAACCAUUUUCCGCGACAGCCUUGCCAAACCCUGCGGUCGCAGGUAUUCAUGCCUUCCUGCUGGGAUGGUAAGAACCUCGAUAUUGCGGAUCAUAAAAGUCAUAUGGCAUAUCCCGCGAUCGGUGACUACAACAAAGGAGUCUGUCCCAAAUCGCAUCCCGUGGCUAUAUACUCGAUCUUUCUGGAAUUCUUUUUCAACACAGCUCCUUUGGGCAGUCAACAAAGCCUAGUGUACUCCAUGGGUGAUGGGACUGGCUAUGGACUUCACGGUGAUUUUAUCCACGGUUGGACUGAUCAAGAUGCUUUGCAGCAAGCUAUGGACACCUGCACAGGACUUGAAGGAUUAGAGGAUCCAGAGUGCUCCAUAACAAAAACCCAGAGGAGAGCUUUGACGCCCCUGUCACAACCCUUGGAUACCGUGGAACCGAAAAAUGAGCUAGGCCAGAGUGGACCUAUUGACAGCUUGCCAGGACAUAACCCUGUCACAGGGCCGGAUGAUGUGGAGUGAUGGACUCUCAGUACCCAUACGAGACCUGCGACAGGCUUGAUCACUUUCCGUUGAUACGCGGUGGCGAAGUCGAGGUUUAAAAGCAUUAUCAUGGUUUGGCACAUUCGAGCUGGAGUAUAAUGCGGUGAAGUAUUGAGAUUUUCCGGCCCCUCAUAGUGUGCGGCAGGUAUAGGCGUACUUCUAUAGGCUCUCGCACAUUGGCAGAGCGAUCACAGUCGCAGCGGUAUCGCCU